UAACGUUGCAGUUCAUGCACGCCAUUCCAAGGCUGUGUGUAACCCACCAUUUUAAGCCACCGAAAAUCAUGUCGCUGCAGGAGUUUUCGGAUAACUUGUCCACUUUGUCUUACAUUUCACGACGGCGCGUGCCUGCUUGGUUAUAUGACUCAAAGAAAAAGACAUUCAUGGGUCGCACUGCUAUCAGUUGGACUCUAUGUUUGCUAUUUUACCUGACCUACUACACCUUUUUGGCUGGUUUCUUUAUGAGUAUGCUUUUUGUGUUUUUGCGUACGCAAAUUCCGGAGGAUGUACCGGCAAGGACCGGCAUGCAAAAUAUUCUUGGACUAAGGCCAGGGAUCGGAUUCAGGCCAAUGGUCGAUGUCCAAAAGUCGCUAAUUAAAUUUGCAGUAACGGAUCCUCAGGAUUAUUAUUUGUAUACUGAAAAUAUUGAGGCAUUUCUUGAGAAGUAUCGCGCUAUUAAUUCAAAGCCUGAGGACCAAUUUGCAAAUUGUAAUGGCGUGAACAAAGCUCCUGAUAAUCCAGAAAAGGUCUGCAAGUUUCCACUUGAAAAACUUGGUGUUUGUAACAAGGAAAACGGAUAUGGUUACCCUGCUGGAACCCCUUGUGUUAUUUUGAAACUCAAUAAAAUAUUCGGCUGGUUACCGGACAUCAGAAACCCACAAAUGUCGCCCCAUGCAUUGGUAAACUGUACUGGACAAAACCCGGCGGAUGUGGAGAAUCUGCACGAGUUGGACUACUACCCUGGUCUGGAAGUCGACGGAAAGAAGUAUGGUGUGUUCGAGAACGCUUACUUCCCGUAUCUCAACCAACCCGGAUAUCUGGGUCCUCUGGUUGCCGUUCAAUUCAAGUCAUUUACCAAGCAUAUGGUGAUUCUGGUCGAAUGCCAACUGCAAAAUUUGAACAACGCCUUUGAAACGCAACUUACUUUCGAACUGCUGGUCCAGUGAAAUUUCUAGCUUCUCACUUGGCAGCCUGCCAAUCGUUCCGCGCACUGUUGCUCUAAGUUACUUCUGUGUUAAGUAGCUAACGGCGAAGCGUUAUUAGGAUGCAUCGGACGCCUAAUAUCUUUGUUCUAGCAUAUCUGCCUUUAUCCUCUCCAUUUAGAUGACAAGAAUGUUUUUUCUCAAAGUGCACUCUAGUCCUUCGUACUUUUCUCGACUGAGAUCCACUCCAUUUGCCCUUAUUGCAUUUUUAGUCUGGUAUCCGGCUAGUCCAAUUUUAUUUUGACCACCUGUUUUAUGCUACUCUAGUUACCUCGAUUGUAUCAACUUUAUCUGUCAUCGUAUCCUCUUAUUCGUGUUAGACUGUUCCCAUUCAUCGGUACUGCAAUGCAUUUACCUGCCUUGCACAAAUCACAUCCCAAAGGGCCUGUGCUUUUUGCCCCCCCUUUCCCCAGGAGUUUCCUCUGCUACGGAUUCAUCAUAUGUCUAGCUGAAAUAGCGCUGAAUUCACCAGCUAAUUCUAUUACCAUUAGAGUUCUGCUCAAAACGCAGCCAACUUAGUGGUUGCCUACUCUUGAGUAAAUAAGCCGUUAAACCAACCCUGUUUUUGGCCGUGUCUUGUAACAUUGUGGACAUUGCACUGCGCUGCAUAAUCCUUAAGUACACAUUGGCUAUGAUUGUCGGCUUCCACCAUGUCCUAAAAACAUAAAUCCCUAGCUUAAAACCUCAUAAACCAUUGAAAUCCUUACUACUGACGAGUCCGGAAAGGAGAACCUGCAUACCGGUGCCCGUCCGGAUAGGAAUAGCUGUCUGACUGAAUGCGGCAUUCGCCUUACAUCGUCUUCACUUCAGCCCGAUUCAUCAACUAUGGUAUUUGCUCUCAACUGUAGCAUAUCCAAUUGCCCUGUUCCAGGUUACCCUAAAGUAAAUUUUUAAACACGGAUCUUGAGAAUAGGAAACAAAUUUCAUUGGACAGAAGUAGAUAAGUAACAUCUGAGCCGUCGGGGGAGACAGUUUGGCACAGAAAGCGGCGGGUAAAACACAAUGAUACACAGUGGAACGAUGGUUUUAUAGGAUUAAAAAAGCUGAAGCUUAACAUGUCCAGUAAGAUGAGCAUGAUGAACAUACAAACUAUAGC